AUUCCCCAAACUUCCCCAACUUCUUGCAUCGGCAAAAGGCUUAUCGAUGAGUCAGGAAAUGGGAAUGUGUUGUGAAUUUGUCUCCGAAUUGGAGAACCCGAAGUGGGGAAUGCCGGGUUUUUCACGCCAAAAUUUCAGGGCCCCCCGUCGCAAUGCGUCAGCUUGCAGCCACUAAACAACUAGUUUGAGUUCCCUGGCGUGGAAAACACUCCCAAUUCAGAAAACUCCAUGUCGGUUCUCUGAAGCACAGUGUCCUGUCUAGCAUGUAAAUCCAGCAUUGGCCUCGGGAGCUAUAGCCGAGGGAAUACUCUCAAGUGCGGUUAUAGGGCGUGGCCACCCCGUCGAUCGCGGACGGCCUCGACAAUCUACCAUUAAGUGGAACAAAGUACUAAUCAUUCCUUCAACGUUGAUAAUCAAGUUUCUCCAAAUUGGUCCCAUCGGCACUAAAGUUCCGCGCUGGCUGGAACGCUGGAUCGUCAUCGUUUAAAAGGGCCCUGUCCCGGCGCCAGUAAUGGCACACACACUUUCUGCAGUGUGCAAUAAUAGCCUCACAGCCAGAGCAGCUUGCCGCGGGAAUGCAUACCCACGAGGCCCCCUCUCCGAGUGAGUCGGGCUCCGCAGACACCGUCUACUCCCCCGAGUUGGAUCGCCCCAUCGACCCCGUCUUCAGUCAGGAGAAAGAUGCCGCCGCGCAGGAGAUCGAAUAUCUUUACCUCGAACUGGAAACUCCCUUACCGACUCCGUUAAUCACUGCACCCCCGGGUCCCGGUCAAUCGCCCCCUCCCGAACCUCCGAGUCUCGAGAAAUAUACCUCCCCGUUUCUGUGGCCGAAAUGGCGCAAGUGGAUGAUGACCUGGAUUGCGUGCGCCGUGACGGCACUGGCUGGUUAUUCGGCAGGCGAGGUUAACCCAGCAUCGACGGAGCUGACGGCCGAGUGGGGGAUCAGUGCGGUGGUAUACAAUCUGGGCAUCACGAUUUUCUGUAUCGGAUUUGCGCUGGCUCCGAUGGUCCUGGCGCCCUUUUCGGAAAUUAAUGGUCGGCGACCGAUUUUUGUCGCAAGUGGUGUGCUCUUCACUGCGUGCAUUAUUGCUUGUGGAGGCACGCAUAUUUUCGCAGGACUGCUGAUCGCACGACUGUUUCAGGGUGUUGGUGCAUCGACCUUUUCGACCAUGGUUGGUGGUGUGAUUAGCGACAUUUUCCAUGCCGAGGAACGCAAUACCCCCAUGGCCUUGUUCUCUGGCGCCGCGCUCUUUGGAACUGGAUUGGCACCUUUAUGCUCCAGUGCGAUCGUGGCGCACACUUCCUGGCGCUGGAUUUACUGGUCACAUGCCAUCGUGUCGGCUUUCUUCGUGGUGGUCAUCUAUUUCUUCUUUAACGAAACGCGAGGAAGUGUGCUCUUGAGUCGGAAAGCACAUGCUGUGAACACCUAUUAUGAGCAGCUAGAGGCUGCCGGGCACUUUGGAGUCAUCAUGGGUGAGAAGAACGAGGCCAGACGGAUCAGAUGGAAGGUGAAGAGUGACGAGCAGCGCGAGUCUCUCAUGCAGAUGAUCAGCAUUUCUUGCUAUCGUCCAUUCCACAUGCUUUUCACCGAGCCGGUGGUCUUCUUUUUCUCCCUCUGGGUCUCUUUCAGCUGGGCUGUUCUGUACCUGCAGUUCGGCUCGAUUCCCUUGGUCUUUAAGACCAAUCACCAUUUCACUACUGAGCAAACUGGAGCUGUCUUUGCAUCGAUGUGUGUUGGUGCCAUAAUCAUCACGAUCGUCAGCAUCCUGCAAGACAAGAUCGCCAACAAGUAUGGAUUUCUCCCCAAGAAACCCGAGGCUCGACUGUACUUUGUCUGCGUUGAAGCCAUCCUUAUGCCCAUCGGGCUCUUCUGGUUUGGCUGGACGUCCUACUCAUCUGUACCAUGGAUUGUCCCGACGCUGGCGAUUGGCUGCGCUACCAUGGGAAUCUUCGCAGUCUACCUGGCUGUGUUUAACUACCUGGCGGAUACCUACCAUCGCUAUGCCAGUUCCGCGAUUGCCGCCCAGUCGUGCUGCCGAAAUCUGCUGGGUGGUGUCUUCCCUUUGGUCACCAAUGCCAUGUUUACCAACCUCGGUUAUCCUGGAGCAUCUAGUCUCCUUGGUGGAAUUGGCCUUCUUCUGACCCUAGUACCGUGGGUCCUUGUGUUUUACGGCGGUCGAAUCCGCGCGAAGAGCAAGCUUGCAAGUGAACUUGCACGUUAGAGAAAAAGAUGGAUGGAUGAGCGAUGAUAGAUGAUAGAUGAUAGACGAUGGAUGUGCAUAAAAGUAAGCAUGAACAUAUCUAAUAGUAAUUAGACAGGCAGUUAUAUACCCAAUGCAUAUAUCUCUGGACACGUAAUGUCCAUUAUAAUCAUCAUAAAUUAUGAUGGGGACACUCAUUUCGGUGGACCGAGAAUUGGAAUACACAGGAAGAACUAGUUAUUAGUGGCAGGCGCGUUGCAGGACAUUCACCGUCGAAUGCCUGCCCUCAGAGAGCAACACCCAACCUGAACCUCGUCGCCAAUUCUCCCAUCAGGAGCAUACGUAACGAACUGGACCAGGAUUAUUUUGAUAUUUUCAAU